AUGGCGUCACACGACCAUGAUCAUCACCAUCACGAUCACGAGGAAGGCCACAAGAAACAAGACGGCGGCAGUGGUGGGGACACGUCUUGGGUAGGACCAGACGGGAGGGUGUACCAUAGCCACGAUGGACUCGCACCACACUCACACGAACCCAUCUACUCUCCUGGUUACUUUAGCCGCAGAGCUCCUCCUCUUAACGACCGUAACUUCUCUGAGAGAGCUUUCACCGUCGGUAUUGGCGGUCCUGUUGGCACAGGGAAAACAGCAUUGAUGCUUGCUCUUUGUAGAGUCUUGAGGGACAAGUAUAGUCUUGCAGCUGUGACCAAUGACAUAUUCACCAAAGAGGACGGUGAGUUUCUGGUGAAGCAUGGAGCUCUUCCUGAAGAGAGGAUUAGAGCUGUUGAAACCGGUGGAUGUCCACACGCUGCUAUCCGUGAAGACAUCAGUAUCAAUUUAGGUCCUCUUGAGGAGUUAUCGAACAUGUUCAAGACUGAUUUGCUUCUUUGUGAAUCUGGUGGAGAUAAUUUAGCUGCUAACUUCAGCAGAGAGCUAGCUGACUAUAUUAUCUACAUCAUUGAUGUAUCUGCUGGUGAUAAAAUACCACGUAAAGGCGGUCCUGGAAUCACACAAGCUGAUCUUUUGGUGAUAAAUAAGACAGACCUCGCAGCAGCUGUUGGAGCUGACUUAUCUGUCAUGGAAAGGGACGCACUACGCAUGCGUGAUGGAGGGCCUUUCGUCUUUGCUCAGGUGAAGCAUGGUCUUGGGGUUGAGGAGAUCGUUAACCAUGUCAUGAACUCAUGGGAGCAAGCAACCGGGAACAAGCGCCACUAA